AUGUCGAAUCAGUUGGACCAGCUCAAGAAUUUCACUACGGUUUCUGCCGAUACCGCGGACUUCAGCUUAAUGAAGGAGCUUCAACCUGAGGACGCUACGACGAAUCCUUCACUUAUUUCGAUUGCCUCCCAGCUCCCCUCAUAUGCGCAUUUUAUGGACGAGGCGAUCGCCUUCGCGAAGGCUCACCACGAAGCCUAUUCGAAUGACUUGGCGGGCUCUAACGAAGACCUUAUAUUGGAACUGGCGUUCUCUAAACUUACGGUGAUGUUUGGGGUUGAGAUAUUGAAGAUUAUACCUGGACGGGUGAGCGCGGAGAUCGACCCCAAGUGCUCUUUUGAUACGGAAAUGAUGAUCCAGAAGGGGAAACUGCUGAUUCGUUUAUUCGAAGACGCCUCUAUACCACGUAACCGCGUCUAUGUGAAGAUCCCCGCGACCUGGGAGGGAAUUCGCGCCGCUGAGGCACUUGAGGGGCUCGGCAUCAACUGCAAUCUUACACUGAUCUUCUCGUUCGCACAGGCGGUGGCGUGUGCGCAGGCGGGCGUUUCUCUGAUUUCCCCUUUCGUCGGGCGCAUCUUGGAUUGGCAUACAAAGAAUUACCCUGAGAAGGUCGGGCAAUUUGUCGGCGCCGAGGACCCUGGUGUGGUGUCGGUGCGGAAUAUUUACGACUACUAUAAGCAGUAUGGUUACUCUACCAUCGUGAUGGGGGCCUCCUUCCGGAAUGAAGGCGAAAUCCUGGAGCUUGCGGGGUGUGAUAAGCUCACGAUAUCCACCAACUUGUUGAAGAAGCUGACCCUUUCGAAUGAGCCGGUGCCGCGGAAGCUUGACCCUUCUUGUCCGCACACAAAGAUGGAGAAGAUGUCGGAACUUACAAAGGCAUGCUUCUUGUACUUACACAAUGAGGAUGCUAUGGCUGUGGAGAAGCUUGCCGAGGGAAUUCGAAACUUUGCCAAGGAUACUGAGAAGGUAUAUGAUUUCAUGCGCAAGAAAUUGAAUGGGGCCUAG